AUGGACGCCACCAGCAGCAGCAGCAACGCUUCUGCACAGCCGAACCAAGCGCCGCCUACCGCUGCUGACAGCAGCAGCAGGACAUCGCAGACUCCGCAAUUCUUGUUGCAUACUACCCAUGGAAGCACCAAUAACCCGCUGAGUAUGGGUGGGGGCGGAGACGGUGGGGAUGAAGCCGCGGGUGGGAGAUCGGGUGGUGGGCGGAAACAAGCUUACAAUCCGUUGGGCGAUGAAGACCCACAGCGCAAACGUUCGGCGUCGGAUGCGUUCCAGGAUCUUGGCCCUCCUUUGACUUCGGAGGGCAACGCGAGGCGUGUGAGGAGUGGUGGAAGCAUUUCUCGACGCGAUUUUGGGGAUCGUUCUGAUUUGGGACCCUCUGCGUCCGCUGACUUGUGGUAUCGCGACCAGUCGCAAUUGCAUACAGGAGCGGGGGAUUCUUUGCCAAUGUAUGGGCACCCGCUUCAGCAGUAUUCGACGCUCCGAGUAAGUCCCGGAACAACAACCUUCCGCGCAUCAGGGCACGCGGCUCCCGAACACGACACCUUCCAUCGCAUGGACCUCCGCGCCCUCUCGCAACCGAACUAUCCUCCUCAGCAGCGACAAUCCUUCCCAUCCAUGUACUCAACGUACAGCGCGGCUGGAGAAAGCAGCUCCAAUCUCCUGUACGGUACGGACUACGGGGCAGCCCAGCAACGCCAAGCAGCAGUUCUUCCAUCAUACCGCGACAUGCAACGCGGCGCCGAAGCCCUCCGCCCAGAUCCCCUCGCCGGACUCGCCAAACAGCCCACCAUCAGCGACAUCACCCACACCUCUACUACGUGGACACGUCCUGAGUCGUCAACCUCCGUCUUACCUCCAGGUGAGAUCCCAGACCUCGACGCCGUCCGACGCGUCAAAGGUCUUCGCCACUUCAGCAAAUGUGUGGCGGAUAAGGUCAAAAAGAAGGGCGCGACCACAUACAACGAGGUGGCCGAUGAGCUGGUGGAGGAGUUUACCACCCAGGCGCGGAAUGCCGAUGCGUUUGAUCAUAAGAAUAUCCGGAGACGUGUUUAUGACGCGUUGAAUGUGCUUAUGGCUAUGGGGGUUAUUGUGAAGGAUCGGAAGGAUAUUAGGUGGACGGGUGUUCCGACUAAGACUUCGUUUGAGGACGACAUUGAGGCUUUGAAGACACGCAACGCCGAACUCACAGCCCAAACCGAACUCGAACGCAAAGCCCUCGCAGAAACCACCCGCAAACACCGUCUUUUCAAAGCCCUCGUGCAACGCAACUCCAAACUGCCCCCCCAACCCCCGCAACCCACCCCCUCACAACCAACCAAUAUAUCCACCCCAUCAUCACCCAUCAUCCGCCUCCCCUUCCUCCUCGUCUGCUCCAACAAAGCCGCCACAGUCGAACACGAAAUCACGCAGAAGAAUAAAAGCUGCGUUGUGAGGGUCAACGGGCCCUCCCUACUUCUCGAAGAUGUCGAUAUCAUCGCGAGAGUUCUGUCGGCGGGGAGUGUGGGCGGAACUACACCGAAGAUGGCGACCGGAGAGCGACGUGAGGCUGUUAGCCUGCAGGUACCGGGCGGGUCGAGGGGGGAGUAUACGAGGGCGUCGAUUCAGUUUCCGAAACCGGCUGAGGCGGUGGAGUCGGGGGAUGGGGGUAAUAUUUGA